AAAAAUUUUCAACAUUUCCAAUCCAGACAGACUUACGGAAACACAAAGACCCAGCAGCAUAAAGUGCACAAAAAUUAAUAAUUUCUUGUUUUGUAAAAAACGUGCUUUCUCUGACUACUUUUGGGGUGUACCAGCAGAUAACGGUUAAUUGUGCUACUUUUCUUAUACAGCGGCAUAUAAAAAGUCAACCCUCUGAAAACAAUUGCUUAUAAAAACAAUAAAAAUAAUUUUUUUGUUUUAAUAAUUUUUGUGUUAAAGUAAAGUGAAGAAUUUUAUUUAAAAACAACUCUCAACAUGGGCAAGGAAAAGAUUCAUAUCAACAUUGUGGUCAUUGGCCAUGUCGAUUCUGGUAAAUCAACCACCACCGGUCAUUUGAUCUACAAGUGUGGUGGCAUUGACAAGCGUACCAUUGAGAAAUUCGAAAAGGAAGCCCAAGAAAUGGGCAAAGGUUCGUUCAAGUAUGCCUGGGUAUUGGACAAACUUAAGGCCGAACGUGAACGUGGUAUUACCAUCGAUAUUGCCUUGUGGAAGUUCGAAACACAAAAGUACUAUGUGACCAUUAUUGAUGCCCCUGGACAUCGUGAUUUCAUCAAGAACAUGAUUACCGGCACAUCGCAGGCUGAUUGUGCUGUCUUGAUUGUGGCUGCCGGUACCGGUGAGUUCGAAGCCGGUAUUUCCAAGAACGGUCAGACACGUGAACAUGCCUUGUUGGCCUUCACUCUGGGUGUCAAGCAAUUGAUUGUGGGUGUGAAUAAAAUGGAUUCCACCGAACCACCCUAUAGCGAUGCUCGUUAUGAGGAAAUCAAGAAGGAAGUGUCGUCGUACAUUAAGAAAAUCGGUUACAAUCCGGCUGGUGUUGCUUUCGUACCAAUUUCCGGCUGGCAUGGUGAUAACAUGUUGGAACCCUCCGACAAGAUGCCCUGGUUCAAGGGAUGGACCGUCGAACGCAAAGAGGGCAAAGUUGAGGGUAAAACUUUAAUCGAUGCCUUGGAUGCCAUCAUGCCACCAUCACGUCCCACCGACAAGCCAUUGCGAUUGCCAUUGCAGGAUGUCUACAAAAUUGGUGGUAUUGGCACUGUACCAGUGGGCCGUGUAGAAACUGGUAUCCUAAAACCAGGCAUGGUGGUUAAUUUUGCUCCUGUUAAUCUGGUUACUGAAGUCAAGUCAGUUGAAAUGCAUCAUGAAGCUUUGUCCGAAGCUUUGCCCGGCGACAAUGUGGGCUUCAACGUUAAGAACGUAUCGGUGAAGGAAUUACGUCGUGGCUAUGUGGCUGGUGACUCCAAGAACUGUCCACCCAAGGGUGCUGCUGAUUUUACUGCUCAGGUUAUUGUCCUCAAUCAUCCUGGCCAGAUUGCCAAUGGCUAUACACCAGUUUUGGAUUGCCAUACCGCUCAUAUUGCAUGUAAAUUUGCUGAAAUCAAAGAGAAAUGUGAUCGCCGUACCGGCAAGACUACGGAAACCGAUCCGAAGGCUAUUAAGUCGGGAGAUGCAGCCAUUAUUAUGCUGGUCCCCACCAAACCGUUGUGUGUGGAAAGUUUCCAAGAGUUUCCACCAUUGGGACGUUUUGCUGUGCGUGACAUGAGGCAAACUGUGGCAGUGGGUGUCAUUAAGUCGGUGACCUUUAAGGAGACGACUUCGGGUAAAGUCACAAAAGCCGCUGAGAAGGCCCAAAAGAAGAAAUAACUAGGGAGCAGCCAGAAAAUGCAACAACAACAACAAACAAAACAAGAACAACAGCAGCAACAACAACAAAAACAUCAAUUACAAAAACUUUAUAUGCUGGAAAAUGCUAUUAGUUCGAAACAACAACAACAUCAAAUGCAACAACAACAACA